AACCACAAGUCCGCUGAAUGUGUUAUUACAGGACAUCUCUGCCCGGAAGAACAUCUCUGAGUCUGAAGGCUGGGCAGGGACGCUCUACAUUUAUUUGUGACUCUUUAAGUACUGGAACAUGAAUGUGGAAGUGUAAAGAGUGUGCUGCAGAAGAGACUACAAGAUAUCAGUUAUUGAAGCACUACAGGUUAAAACAUGGCCGUUUUGGCCGCAGACACCCUUAUCCAUGCACAUAUUCAAAUUGUCCAUGCACCUUUAAAACUUGGAAUGCACUUGGAAGUCACCUGUGUAGAUCACACAUUGAUCAGACAUCUCAAAGAUCAGUAGAUUGCACAACAUUUAACUGCCAUCAUUGUUCACGUAGUGACAUUGCCUCAUUGAGAGAACUUUUUACUCAUGUUAACAGCCAUCUGAAGAGACAUGAAACCAUUUGUUGUGUGUUUAAUGAUUGUUCCUGUCAGACAGAUAUUUAUGGAACAUAUCAAACUCACAAGAACAGAAAGCACAAGACAUAUACACUAAACGAUUUCAAAGCUGGAAUUGUGAAAAAUGUCUCUGCAGAUUCACUGAAUUGUACUUUGGGAGAUACAUGUUUGACAGAAAGUGAUGAGUUUCUUGAUGAUGCCGAACUUGAAGAUGGUGCACUGGUGCCAGAAAAAGAGGACUUGCUAAAAGUUAUAGAACAGAAAUUAACAUUUGUUUUAUUAAAAUUGGAAAAGUGUUUCCAUGUACCAAGCUCUGCUGUUGAUGAGCUGCUAAAGGAGUUGCAGCUUUUGAUUAGUUCUGCCCUGGUGCCUGUAACUAACAACAUUCUUGCUCAUUUCUUCAAUAACCAUAACCUGCAAGUUGACCAGUUGCUCAUCAAAGAGUUGGGCUGUGCACUUGGUUCAUCUAACCCUCUGUCAAAAGCUUUAGGAAAGGAUGGACCAUUAGCCACAGCUUUUAAGCGAAAGCAAUAUUACAAAGAUCAUUUCAACAUGGUUGAUCCGGUUCAGUAUAUACUUGAUGCAAAGGCUAAAAGAAGUUUUCAGUAUGUUCCUUUGCUAAAGUUUUGACAUCAGCUACUUAAUCAAAAGGAUGUGCUCAGCAAGGUUGUUGAACAGAGGAGACAGCAACAGAUAGUGAAUGACCACCUACAUUAUAGAUUUUUUGAAGAUGGCCAGUACUUCAAGAAUAAUGAUUUUCUGUCAGGGGAGGAAUUAAGAAUCUCUGUCUGUCUAUACGUAGAUGAUUUUGAAGUUUGUAACCCCCUCGGUACUUCACGUAAAACACACAAACUUUGUGCUGUCUGUUGGAUUUUGGGAAAUGUGCCUCUUGGCAGCCACUCCUCUUUGGCCUCAAUAUGCCUAGCUCUUUUGUGUAAAAGCCAUGAUGUGAAGACUUACAGCUAUCACAAAAUAUUUGAGCCGCUACUCCGAGACCUUGUUACUCUGGAGCAGCAGGGUGUUUUUGUCUCACAACUGGGUAUAUUUGUGAUUCUAGACUUGAAAGAUAUUACAGAGCUUGUUGCUGCACCUGUACACUGUGAGGAGUCUGUGGCAUAUUUAGAGUGUAAAAUCUCGGCCUUUGAAGUGACACACGUCUCGACAAUUCCAGUAGAUGUCAUGAAAGAGGACAUAGCACUUCACCUAACUCAGAAACACCCAGAUCUCACAACAGUUACCCUGGCACAGAGUGUCUCUAGUAAUGGCAUAGAAUAUGGAAAUGGAAUGAUUAUUGUGCAUGGAUCAGUAAGUGGACUGCCUGAAUUUGCAGAGGUACUCCAAAUGUGUAUAUUGGAAAACACAUUGAUCUUCAUAUGCAGAAAAUGACCUUCAUGGUACAGAGAGCACUACAGAGCUUUUGAGCUCCAGUCAUCUUCAGCAAGAGAGAUCGUGUUGGCUGAGUUAAAUGAACUGACUGACAACUAUCCCCGGGUUGAUUCCAAGUGUGGGACUCUCCCAAUGGUUACCCUUAAAAGAUACAUACACACGUCUGGUAAUUAUUCUUCAUUUUUAUUUCAGUUUCACUGAAUGUUAUUAUGGGAAUGAGGGUAAAAUAAGACAUAGAAUUCUAACUAUUAAGAGAGAGCUGAACUGAUUUUACACACGGAAGUGAGUCCCAGUCUUUUGUGGCUCGGGGGGGAAGUGAUGUCACUUGAGCCUGCAUCUGCUGGGACAGAAGACUACAAGUUUGAAAAUUAAACAUAUCUUGGGGGUGGAGUUAAAAAGAAGUGCACCUAGCUAAAGAAAAAGAAAAAAGAACAAGACCUCUGUUUUCCCCACUCCUCAUCUCUGCUGGAGGCUACACUGGCUGCUGCUGGCACACCACACAAUCUGUACUGUCAAGUGAAUGAAGUCCAGUUGCAUUUUGGGUAAUGUAGGCACUAGGUUGACUGCCCAUUGUGAGUCUGAUGUUAUUUUCUUAAAGGAACACCUGCAACAAAAUUGCUAUUUUUAUAGCACUCAGAAAAUGUCUUAAAAACAUACUGAUAAAUCACAUUUUAAACUUUUUAAGUUGUGUACAAUUUCUUUUUUAUUAAAAACAACAACAACUGUUCUAAGUUGACACAGUGCUGAUCAGUCUGUAGUUAAACAGUUUUAGGAAUACUUCCUUUACUCUAAACCAGUACUUUUAAUGCCUUUGAUACUUUUUAGUAUUGAUGAUUACCCGAUACUGUCAACUUAGUGGAACUGUAUUAAUUAUGACUGGUUUUUAAUCAUUUUCUUCUGCUGCUUUUCUUCACAAUAACCUGUUGACCAGUGUGGCUACUUCAGCAGCGCUUCGCAUCAUCCUUGGAGAGAAUGACUCUUCCAAAGUUAUCCUGCCCUUGGGAUUACCAGACUCUGUUGAAGAACUCAACAGUGAGAUAAAGAGACAAUGUGAGGUGUCAGGAGACUUUAGACUACAAUAUAAGGACAAUGAUUUUGAUGAGUUCAUAAACCUGACAAGCACCUCAGACAUUCAAAAUAAGGCUACUAUCAAAGUGAUUUACCUCCAAAGUGCCUCAUCUACAAGUAGCUCUUGCCUCUCUCCACGGACAUCCAGCCUGGAUGAGUCCAUUUCCAUUUCAUCUGUGGACACUGACAGCCUUUCAUCUUCUGAGUCGUCAUCGUCGGCGUCAUCCCUCAGAUGUAAGCCAUGGCCAGACGUCUUUCCUGUGCCCGAGUUUGUCUAUGAUGUAGAGAUCCAACUCCAGCGUGCAAAUAGUGACUUUCAAAGUAAUGGUACCCUCUUCAGUCCUAGUCCAAGAAUGAAGUCCGACAUCCUUGAAUGUUUGGCAUCACAAAUCAUCAAAUAUAAAGCGUAUCCCUCAAGUGCUGAACGUGAUGCAGUUGCUGAAGCCCUUGUGAAGAAGCACCCAUGUUUAAGGGAGCAAGGUUCUGUUACUGACUUCUAUGGGUGGAAGAUUAGUUUGAAAUAUAAAAUGGCAAACUACCGCACUAAGUUGCGAAACAUUGGAUGUUGAGAGCUCAAUGUCGACUCCUUCAAGCGUAAACAGAGUGAUACACGCACAGCACCAAAUCAAGUGAAGGAGCCUAGAAGAGCGGAGGUAAACUACUGUCCAGACUAUCCAACAGGACAAACCAAAGCGAGUUUAGAGGAGGAGAGGCUGGCACUAUUGGCUGAAGUGCAAAAGAACAACAACCAACAGGUAGUUAAGGAGAAAAUGGAAAGGACAUUUGCUUACAGGCGGCAUGAGGUGAUUGAAGACAAGCCGUUCAUUGCAGAUUUCAAAAGAAGAUGGCCAGCCCUCUUUUCUGAGCGUGAGAAUGACGCCAUUGAAACAAGAAGAGCCUGCGUACUGAAAGCACUAAUUGUUUACCUCAACGAAGACCCUGAAACCCUCAUAAGGGAGUACACUGAUGUUGAGGACAACCAGGAGACUAUGGAGCAGACGAUCCUGGGAGUCUUCACUAUAAAGAAGGAAGGUGCAGAACCCACAGACGACCUGGAAGAUGUUGGAAUCAUCAUGGAAGGUGUGGAAGUGCUUCGUGACCUUGGUAACAUUGCAAAUGCAGCUGCCAUUUUAUUUGGCCUCAUGUACUCAUUGGACUUGAGCUAUCCAACAAAGCUAAGGUACACAUUUGAGGUUCUACAAAAAGUUGUGAUGGAACUGGAUGGCAACCAGCUCUCAACAAAGGCUCAAGUGCGAAAAUAUAAACUGUUUGAAGGAACAAUUUAGACAAGACAUUGUAAGAAGAGUGUGGAGCACCAAAGACUGUGGAAUACUCUUGAAACGACACAGAGGAAAACCUGGACGUUGGGUUUCACCUUCAAAACUUUUGGAUCCGCACCUUGAACUGUUAAUGGUCUUAGUUUGAAAUGAUGUCUGAAUAUGUUUUAACAGACUUUCAAAAUGUUCAACUACGAGAGAGAGGUUUCAUUUUAAGUUGGUUAGAGAAGGGGAGAGCAACAAAUGGAGGGUGUGACAAAGAGAUGGGUGUGAAUGAGAGGGCAAUAAGAUGUAUUGAAAGGGUUGUAGCAAGAAUAUGACAGUGAGAGAAAGUAAAUUAGUGUUAUAUGGUGAUAGACUGAGAGUACGGAGCAAGACUCAUAGGCACCAAAUUAGGCCUAGUCCACACGAGCACGGGUAUUUUUAAAACCGAACUUUUUUAUCUUUUAAAAGUUUUUAAAAAAUCUGCGUCCAUACGAGAGGUGUAAUAAAAAUACCUCUGUCCACAUGACACCGCUAAUUCCACUAUCAAGCAAUGUAAUACACAUGCCGAAGCAGUAGGUGGCGAUAUAACUCCUAACUGUAAGGCCAUUGUAGCCAAUCAGAAGGCAGUAAAACGUCAUUACUGGAAAAACAACAACAAGCGUACUAUUAUGCAGCAGGAGCAGUCUCCGUAAUAGCACGCUCUUGCGCCUCUGUUGCUGGAUAUGGUUGAGUAGCGUUAGUUGUAUGAUACAGACACAAAGUGCUGAUAUGCUGCUAAAUAGCAGCAGUAUUUUGUUUAAGUCCAUCCUCAAAUCGUCUCUCGCACACAAUGGAUCGGGUAAUAACACAGCUGUUUUCUGUUUACGUCGCACACUGUGACAUCAUACAAUGGAGACGAGACAAAAUAACUGCGGUUAUCCUGUCCACACAUGACUGCUGACACUGGACUUUUCCAAAAAGUUCACCCUGGACUCCGGUUACAAAUAACUCCGGUUACAGGGGCCCAAAACUGCAGUUACGUGUGGAUGAAAGGCCAAACCGUGAGCAGAGAGUCAUGGUUUUAUAAAUACCCGCGUUGGUGUGGACAGCCCCGAAAUGUGAACAUUUUGACCCUCCGGUCCCCCUCGGACGGAAAACGUGCUUUUCAGUCAUUUUUCAGUUUUUAUUUUUCAAUAACUUUGGCUGUGUUUAUGCAUAUAGCAUGACAUUUGGUCAGAAAACUUAUUUUUGGUGAUAUUUUGAAAUUUUAAAGCUGCUCCUAAAUCAGGACUAAAAUACACAAAUGGCAACCUUUUAUGACACUUUGCCCUCUCGGACGAAAACCGUCCCCAUUGAAACCCAUUAACACAACAUUUUUUGAUUCCCUUUCAAUUUACAUAAAAAAAUGUGAUUUUUUUCUAUCUCUGGCAGUCAGGUUGGUUAGAGAGACCCAAGAAUUGUAAAAAAAAAAAAACAAAACAAAGAUGGGGCCAAUUUCCAUUUUUGGGGCCCUGCUGUCUUUUCAUUGCAGUUCCUGGUUUGGCCACUUGAAGCACUAUAGGCCCCUAACUGGGAGGGCACAUGCAGAGUAGAUCAAAAAUGGUCUUGCUGUGCUCAUAAGGAUGUGACAGUGUGGUCUGUAUAAAAAUAUUGCAAUAUUAGUUUGUGUGUGUGUGUGUACAUGGACUCAAAAUACACAAUGUCAAAUCCCUAUGUGAAAAUAUAGCUAAAUGUAAAACCAUAAAUUCCGUAUUUGUUCAUCACAUCCUCAUGGCAACUUAGAAACAUGAAUUUGAUGAUAUUAGUCAUGCAUUCCAGAGUUAGGGGAUCAAAAUGGAAGUUUUUACUAAAAUCCUGCCGAAUCAUACAUUUUCUCCUGCUUCCAGAGCAAACACACACUAAAUAAUAAGCAAUAAAAUUGCCUGUAUUUUUCUCCUGUUUUUCCAUUAUUGAGCUUUGCGAGCCAUUGUUGCAAAAAUGUUUUUAAAUAAAUGCUAUGUUAGUGUUGAUAUGGAUGUCUGGGGGCUGUGGCUGUAUAGAUACUAAAAAAAUAUUGUGUGUGUGUGUGUGUGCGUGUGUGUAAUUGUGUAGCUAAAAAUGGCAAAUUAUGUGCUGCAGGUUGCGGCAAGGCUACAUUACUGUUCUCUCCAUCUCUGUCUCGCUCUCUCUCUCUCUCAUACACACACACACAAUGAAUAUUUGAUCUGUAUAAUCCAAGUAGGAGUUGGUUAAAAGAUUUAAGCAAAAAAAAGUAGAAACAAAUAUUAAUAUUUAAUAUUUUUUGUUUUUCAACAAGGACGAAAAAUGUCCUGAAGGGGACAGGUGUCGGUGUUUAUUGAAAAAUUGAAACUGCACAAAGAAAUAAUAAUGCAUCAAAACUGGUGUUGUUAUUAAUCAUUCACAUAUGACAGACUGUGAUAAUUAAAAAAAAAAUUCCAUCCAACAUUUAUUAUAUAGAAAGUAAUUCAUAAUUAAUGUUUUUUUUUUCAUAAAAGUAACAGUGACUUCAUGUAAAGAAAAUGGCAUAUAAAGGGUUAAAAAUCCUCAAAAUGAAUGAAUAUUUGAUGUGUUUAAUCUGAGUAGGAGUUGGUUAAAAGAUUUAAGCAAAAAAAAGUAGAAAAAAAAUAUUAAUGUUUAAUAUUUUGAUUGCCGUUUUGAAAAUGUCCAUUCCUAGCUAAAUGUGGUGCAGUCUUGAACUUUUCUUUUUGUAUUUUGUACUGAUUUUUUUAACUCUGUUGAAGCAGCAGAGAAAAAGGGAAUUUGUUUUAUUAUUUAUUUUAUUAAUUUGAAGUAUUUGCUACGUGGCAUAGCAUUGUUUUCACCCUUUUAUAUGGGGGGUGGGUUCAAUUAAAAGUUCCAGUCAAUUUAGAUUGUACGAACUAAAACUUUUAGUUAUCAAUGAUUUCAUUUUACAGUUCUCUGUAGUUGCGGAAAAAAGGUCACAUUUCAAUAUUGGUUUCAAGCAUUUUCAUUCUGCCCCCUGUUAAAAAGUUUCUCAGUGUUGGGUUUGUGCAGGUCACAUACAUUUUCAUGAUCUAUGAUUUGUUGUCAUGAUUAGGUAGACAUGUUAAAGGUAAGGCUAGAUUUGAAAGGUAAGGCUGGUGAUUUCCGAUUUUUUCUUAUAGUUGACACAUCCAAAAGACAAAAAGCAACAAUGAAUUUAUCGUAAACAAGUAUUGUCUCCAAAGCCUGAUUAUGUCUUAUUCCUUUGUGCCAUGGAGUCCCGUUGUUGUUGGUUUGGUCUUUUGAUAGGAUUUGCUGACAAUAUGAAGAACAUAGAAAAUCACCAGCCAUAUCCUUAUGUAUAGCCAACUGAGGUAGCUCACUGUAAGAGUGAACUGGACAUUAUUUUCUACUUAUUUACUCUUUCGUGAACAUUGUAAAACACUGUGAAGAACAAUGAAAGAAAAUGUUAAUUGAUAAGGUGAUCUAAACCAGUCUGUAUGUUUCCAUUAUUUUAUACUCAGCUGACCAGGUUGGUUAUUGAUGGUGCUGUGUUGCAUUGGUAAUAAAUGUUUGUUUUGUCCACAGUA